GAAACUUUCAGAAGGAAAUAUUAGUAAUCCACGGGAUCUCAAACAUAUCUUCAAAUCAAAACAAGACGAAAAUAUGGCGGACGAUGACGAGAUUGACGUUUUGGGUGAUUUUUCAUUUAAUUCUUGUUUAGCACAGAAUAAUCAAGGAAUCCCCUCUUGCUCCAGCCGGGAGGAUACUGUGCACCCGCAAUGGCUACUAGAUUCCACUGUAGCCAACUGGUAUGACAAUGAACGGGAAAAGAGGGCAAAAUAUGGUCCAUCUAGGAAACUGUCAGGCGACUCCAGGUUGAAACAACUCCGUGUGCGCCACUCAUCAUGGAGUCAGGCUGAGAGGGAUUUACUUAGCAAAGAAAUGGCAAAGUAUGGAAGGAAUUUUCACAAAAUAUCACAAACAAUAAAGUCAAAGUCAGCAGCUGAAGUACAAGCAUUAAUAGAAGCAGAGUAUGGUGUUAACCUUGACAAUCCUUCUGUAGGGGUUGUGAAGCAUGAAGAAGAGGAUGACGUCCCCAGUGUGGGGCAGGAGGAGAUUGUCACUGAUGACUCCAGCAUCAACAGCGUUCUGAGCCGAGUAACCACGGCCUCACCAACUAUUAUGGUCCCUAAAAAACCGUUCAGGAAGAAAAACAAUAAUGUAACACUGAAAAGUCUGAAGCCAGCCUUACACAAACCUGAUCUCAUAGUUAAUCCUUCUGAAAUAUAUUAUGAAGAUGAGCUUGUAAUAGGGUCCACAGAGUCUGUAGGAUCCCUGGAACCGAAGGAAAACCAUGCUAAGUUAAAAGCCAUGGCUAAACAACAGAAAGAAAAAAUGAAAGCUGUUAAGAAAAUUGGUAAUCACCGGAGGAAAGCAUCAAAGAACUUUGAGAAAGGUAGAGCUAGAACAAGCAGUAAGGAGCUCUUGAAAUCUCCUCAAGAGAGGCGGAGGAAGGAUUCAGGGGUGUCAGAGGAGAGCCUGAAAAGUCCUAAGUUACAAAUUGUCUUGGGCUCUGGACAGGCAUUACAUGUUUCUGAAGGGGAGCAAGUGAUUAAAAUAGAGAAAAAGAAGGAUUCAGAAUCAGACAGUGACAUAGAGGUGGAUAUAGACAGUGAUACUGAGAAGCCCAUCAAAAGGGAAGGAACCAAAUCCGAGUCUUCAGAGAAAGAUAGUGGCAGCACAAUGUCUGAAGCGGAAGCUCCUAUAGCAGUGCCGUUGAAUAACUUUGGUCUUCCACCUAAAAGACAGAAGAAAAUAGUUUUGGACGGCGGCGGCGGGUACACGAUCGCGCACACGGCGGCCGGCGACGUGCUGCAGCGCCGCGCCGAGCCGCGCCGCCCCUCCGCGCCCCGCGCCCGCCAGGAGCGGCUCAUACCUUGCCGCGUCUACAACACCGAGCGACCCGCGCCGUAUUCAGUCGUCCUGUCAGUGUCGGCGCUGGUGCUGAUGGACGCGCACGCGCACAGCUCGCUGGCGGAGGUGAUGGGGCUGCUGGGCGGGCGGCUGCGGGGCGGCGAGCUGGAGCUGCGCGCCUACCGCGCCGCCGCCGCCGCCGCCGGCACCACGCACUGCGACAUGGACCCUGUAUCACAAGCGGCGGCGGGAGCGUGGCUGCACGCACAGGCCUGGACGUGGUGGGCUGGCACCACUCGCACCCGCGCUUCCCGCCCGCACCCUCAGCGCUGGACAUACGCUCACAAGCCGCACUGCAAGAGUCACUUGAACCUUUGCGGCUUUAGUGACGUCACAACACUGGCCAGCAGGAAGAACUGCCUCGCAGUACAGAUGUUUCCGCGUGGAGCACCCGGAAGCCGACGAGACGGAGCCGCAGGGCUUCCAGCUGCGCGUGCGGCUGCGGCCCGACGUGACCGAGGCGUCUGCGCGCGCCCUGCUGCAGGACCUGCGCGACCUGCUGCUGCUGCGAGACCACCCCGACCCGCACCGAGUGCAGAUGGAGAAGGACGUGUGCCCGCAGGCCAAGCUCACCUACUUGGAGAAGUGCGUGUCGAGCAUGUCGCACCACCUGCGCGCGGCGGGGUACGCGGAGGGCGGGCCCGUGUUCACGCGGCUCGUCGAGGGGCUGCGCGACAUCUUUCGGUAGCGCGGCUGCAUCCAUCCACAGCCUUAGAUUAAACGAUGUGUUGUAGCAAUCGCCAUUGAAAUUAUUACGUGUCUAUUACUUAACCCUUUUCCAGGCCCCACCAAUCUAGAAAAAAUUACACAAAAUCCAACAUAUAAGCCUAAAUGAAAUGGUGAUGUUUUGGCGAUAGAUUUUAAGGCGAGUCACAGUGCAAGUUGCAGUGUUUAGACUGUAAAUCGCGUUUGUGAUCAAUGAAACUAUGACUACUAUGCCAGGUUAAGACGUCCGAGUCUGGUUAGUAACCGAUUCAAUGGACUCUUGUUUCGUUGGAUUCUUUUAUUAGGUACUCAAAAUAUGACGUUCUAAAAUAAAUCCGACGAAACUAUUUAAUAUCCGGCGUAUCAGGAAUCCUGGGUACUCCUUUGAAUACUACCUUAAUUACUAUAUAAUUCUUGCUAAUGGUCUCUUAAUAUAAAUUUAUUAUAAAAUAAUCAUUAUAAUGGCAACUUUGUGAUUUCGUUUGCAAGUAUGAUUAUUAAGCAUCACAUGUGAUCUAGUUUUCCAAAUUUCACGAUAUCUUUCAGUAAAAAACUUAUUUUAUACUUCUUGUAUCGACUAUUUAUCAGUAUUUUUUUGUAAAUUAUUGUAGAUUGAUUUUAUAAUUUUUUGCUAUUUGGUGACAAUAAUACUUGUAAGAAAUUAUUUCGACUGAGUUUAAGGCGUACUGUAAAUAAUUAUAUUUAUAUAUAUUAAAUAGUAAGAAAUUCAUUGAUUUAUAAUGAUUAAAAGUUUAAAGAAUC